AUGGUUAGCUCAUCUUCCAGAGCUGCAAGUUCUUGUCCUCAAAUCAAACAGGAAACACAACUUGAAGUUGAUGGUGAUGGCGAUGUAGAUGGUGAGAGUGGAUUUCCAUGGAGAGUGGUGAUGUUGGGGUAUGGUUAUGGGACCGUAAUUGGAUUAGUGAUGGGAUAUGUCAUGUUGUCUACGGGAAGACAAAAGUGGUUCAAUGCAAUUGCUGAUGCAGGAGAGCACAUGCUCCGAACAACGGGAAACAAGAAAAGAUAUGUAUAUAUUGGAAAAUGA